AUGGCGGCAGGCACUGGCGGCAAGACAGGCCCGACGACGGGCCAAAAGACAGAAUCGCGGAAGCCCGUGUCGCAGUCGGUGCGUGCGGGCCUGCAGUUCCCCGUUGGACGUAUCCACCGUCACCUGAAGAACAAGUCGCAGAACAACAUUCGUGUGGGCGCCAAGGCCGCCGUGUACACGAGUGCGAUCCUGGAGUACCUCACGGCUGAGGUGCUAGAGCUGGCAGGCAACGCGUCGAAGGACCUGCGUGUGAAGCGUAUCACGCCCCGGCACUUGCAGCUGGCGAUCCGUGGUGACGAGGAAUUGGACUCGCUCAUCCGCGCGACGAUCGCGGGUGGUGGUGUGCUGCCUUACAUUCACAAGUCGCUAAUCAAGACGCCUGGCAAGAAGAAGAACGCGGCAUCCGAGUAA